GCUAUCAAUGAAAACUAAUGAUCAAUAGAGAGUCACAUCAGUUGAGUUCAAAUCACGUAUUGUUGUAUAGCUAUAAAAAGGAUCACUUGAAUGCCAGCCCCCAACUCAUGAAACUACCGGUGCUAUUGCACUAACAAUUGCUAAUAUUGUGGACACCGAAAGAUUAGAUAAUAAGAAAUUUAAUGACAAAGAGAUUAAUGAUAUUGUGAUUUAAUGGUUUGAACGAUGUGUUUGUUUGUGAGGUAUGUCGGGCACCGGUAAGUGCAGUGGUCGGGCACUGGUAUGUUGUGUGUCGUAAUUGAUGUCUGAAAUUGUAAGAUCAUUAGCCACAGUGAACGCCAUGUUUUGCUAGUUUUGGUGUUAGAGUUGACUCAAAUGGACUCAGACUUACACUUAAUGAGUGUUUGUGUCACCAAUUGAUGGCCACUAUUGUCAACUGUACAGUGAUUUGUGUCAACCGACAGAUCGCUAAUAGUAGUCUCGGUUUCGCGUGAUGUCCGUCACGGCCAAGACAUGAGUCAUCCAAACUUUGUGACCAACGGCUCGAGUCUUGAGGACUGUCACACAAACUUCUUUGCAUUGGCCGAUUUGUGUGGUAUUAAAUGGCGACGACUAAUCUGUGAAAAUUCAUCGGUAGAGCCAUUAGAAGACCCGGUGCUCAGCUCGUACUGCAAGUGUUUAGCGUCGGAUCAGUUAUGUGUAUGGCGUCGCGUGAAGACAUCGUCGUCAGAAACCAAUGGCAACAACAAUCAGUUCUCCAAAGAGUUGUGGGUUUUUUGGUACGGAGAGGAACCCGAUUUUACCGAUCUGGUCAACAAUGAAUUGACAGAGUGUGAGACUGGUUCGUGGGAAACGGGUUUGUCAUACGAGUGCCGGACAUUACUGUUCAAAGCAUUUCAUAAUAUAAUCGAAAGAUGUCUACUGUCACGUGGGUUUGCUCGUUUGGGUCGUUGGUUUUUUCAGCCCACAGAACCUACCUGUGCGACACACAAUCAUAAUGCUGAGCAAACAUCUAAAAAGUUGUCGAGUAGUGGCUUACAGUUGACGUUUGCAUUUAAUUUCUUCGUUCACGGAGACAGCACUGUCUGUGCCAACAUCGAUGUCAGACAACAUCCUAUUGUAUACCGAUUAACUAAAGCUGAUCUUCAAUCAGCACAUAACUCACAAAAUGGGAUAAAAGUGAUUUUAGGGCCAUUUGGUUUGGCUGGUGUGCUGACCGGUCAGACUUUUAAAGAUUCUGACUCAUCAGUACAGAAAGUAUUGAAUGAAUGGAAACAAAUCUAUCCAUUGACACAAAUUAGUGGUACAAAAGACAUGUCUGCCGGUUCAUCACAAGCCAGUGGUAUGUCUCAACAUUUUGGUUCAGACAUGAGUUGCAGUGAUUUCGGGAACAGUUCGCCGAAUUCAGUAAACUGUGUCGUCGAAGUGAUAGUCUCUGGAUUUCGUAUGAAAUAUCCAUAUUGUUAUGUGUUUACUACUGAUAUUGACAGUCAAAGUGAUCAAAAGACAGGAUCUUUACAAAAUAAGUUAAAAUGUGUUACAAAUAUUAGUGAAAUUGUUUCAAAAGACACUUUUUCUACUCAAACUAAGCCAAACCUGUAUCCGUAUCAGCAAUCGAUUCCAACACACACUUAUCUAUUGAAACAUUGUGUUACUCAAGAGUUGUAUCUUUUGCAACAAAAUGCCUCAAAUUCAGCUAAAAUUAAAGACUUGAAUGAAGAGGCGAGUAGUGUUAACAACAGCAAUAAUAACAACACCAGUGCCACGUUAUGGAGUGUUAACGACCCGUGCAUUAAAUACAAUUGCAACUGUUUUCGAUGCAAAUCUAAGAAGACAUUAAAUAGUUCCAAAGCAAACACAUCUAAUUCAUAUCCCAAUCAAUCGUCAUCGAUGUCAACUAAUAAGAAGGGCGAUAAAGUAGACAAAGAAAGUCGUAAUAAAGUUGUUAAAAAUGUUUUACCAUUUCAUAGAAGAAGUCCAGUACUAAAUACUUUAGAAGUAGUUAACGGUUUGACCUCAAGUUCUCCCAAUACAUUGCCUACAAAUACAUCUAAUUUAAGUGUUUCCAGUGUAUCACAGCCUACAUCAGUGCCCACCUAUUCAUAUAAGAGUCCUAUUAGUGGUGGCGGUUUGCCUUCGCUUCAAUCAAGCGUAACAACACCUACCGGUGCCAAUGGAAUUGACUCACCUCGUUCUGUCGCACAAUCACUCAUUCUUGAUGGUACGGUAUCAUCAGUUGAACAAAGCAAUCCAUGUUUCUCAGUCUCUCCACAUCCAGCAAAAGAUGACCAAAACAGCGAGUCUCAACUAAAUGCAUCUAUAGUUGCAUCCAGUCCUAUGACUAACAAAGACAGAACUCGUUUAGAGCAGUUAUUAUCACCUAAUAAUUCAGUUAAAGCUUCUGUAAAUAUCAAUAUAUCGGAAGACUCUCCGAGUAUCCAAAUGCCUCAAUGGACUCCUGGCGGUCAAUCAUCUGACAUCGAGCCUAACGGUGUUCAGACAAACGCCUCCGAAACAAAUACAUUGUCAACGAGUGAUUCAAAUCAAACACAGCCAAGUGGUAUGACGGGUGUUAAGCGACCACUUUUGCGUAUCAACUCUUGUGAAGACAACGAUUCCGAUUAUAUACGUAACAGUUUUCUAUACGACUACAGUCAUCUCAAUGAUUUGAAUAAUUUUUGUAGUGAUAUACCACCGCUUAAGAAUAGAAGGACUAAUUAUAAUAAAGAUUUUAAACGUUAUUUAAUAACCGAUUACUAUAUCGGAAGGAAGCGUAUGAGUCCUGGCUCUCAGACUAAUGGAGACAUUGACUCACAGUUUAUGUUAAAAUCAAGAGAUCCCUAUGAAUUCAGUGACUUUGAUGAAGAAGGAGCCGCCUAUAAAGCGGCACAAAAUAGUAUUAAAGAGGAAGUAAUGGAAACACAUGUUGUAAUCAGUUCAUCUCCAGAACCAAAUCUCAACGUUAAUUCUCAGAAUAAUAGAGACUUGAAGCCAAAUUCAACAGACUUUUCUGCAAAUUCACCGCAAACUUUGAAAGGUUUUACUCGUGAGGACGAAUUAGUUGCUUCUUAUAGAGAUUUGGAUCAAAUUUUUGAUACAUCUUCUGGCGAAGACAGUAAUGAUGAGUUAUUUCAGGCGCCGUUAACUCCAUCGGGUCUUUCCAACAGAAAUUCUACAACUAAUAAUAAUUCUAAUAAUACAAACUCAAUUAUAUCGGGAACUGCUGUUAUGGAUGAACAUUCAAAGUCCAAUAAGACUAAUUCAGCAUCAAGUAUAACACUAGGUGUUGCUGAACUAACCCGCAUGUUUCCCACACCACCAUCAUUGGAACCAAUGGCACCAUCACCUUGUAAUGGGUUUUUAGGACCCGACGCAACACUAUUAGACGACAAUAUGAAAUAUGAUUUGUAUCCGUGCAGUCCUAAUAUGAUUGAUACAAAGGACUGGUCAUACGUGUAUAAGCCACCGGUGCAAUGCCAAAUGGUUGCCUCAUCAAAAUACGCUCCGCUUCCAAAUAUUCCAAAUUUACCGACAAUUCCUAAAGAAUGUAAAUAUGAAAGAAAAGUACCGCCACUGCCAAGUCCUGCGGCCAACACUAAUGUUCAGCCAGUAGUUCAGGGAAUAUCAAAACCACAGAUUAAUUUAAUUCAGUCCAAGACAUCAUCGGCGCAUUACAAUCACUUAACACCACUUAAACAAAACACAAUGAAUCUUAUGUCUCACUCCAUAUCACGUAUGGGCGCUCCACCACCACAUUCAUACAAUCAAAUGCGAUUGCGGCCAAAUAUGUCUCCGGUGCCCAUCAAUCAAUAUCAGCAAAUGUCAAAUACUGGUAGUAUCCAACACAUGCAGCAUAUUCAACAAUCACAUAAUCCAAUGUAUAAUAUGACACAAAACGAUAUGUCCCAUUCCCCUCUACCUCAUUAUCAUCCCAACUAUAACCCGGACAGCAAUGUUCCAGUGCCUCAAGGCUUUUAUUCAAAUACAAGCCAUCCAUUUGCUGCUAAUCAUCGUAGUCCUCAUCCAUCAACGAGUCCAAUACCAGCAAUGCAUUUCAAUCAUCAAUCUCAACAACAAAACGCAUUUAUAUCUCCAAACCAUUUACCACAAGAUCCGUCAUUACCUGAAACACACAGUCUUGCAGUAAAUCUUUUGCUUUCAGAUUCAUUACUCAAUCUAUUUAGAGAUCAUAACUUUGAGAGUUGUUCUCUGUGUGUCUGUAAUAUGAACAUUAAGGGUAAUGAUGUCGGUGUUUAUUUGCCCGAUUCAUUAGCACCUGGAGGUUAUGACGAACCUCAAUAUAGGUGUAGUUGUGGUUUCAGUGCAGUUGUUAAUCGUCAUCGAAGUUAUUUUGCCGGUCUUUUCUAUGAGGAUGAGGUCGAAAUCACAGGUUAUCUAUAUGACCCAAUAGAUGGACUUAAAAAGAAAUGUUUGGCUGCCAUUGAAUCAGUUGUCGCUGAAGAGAACAAUGUUAAUGAAAAUAAAGAAAACAUUGAGUUUGACGAGACAUUAAUCGACUUAAUAAUAACACAAUCAACAAAUGUGUUCUCUUCGUGUUCUGUGUUAUCCAAAGCCGUCCACUUUGAUGUCAUAAAAGACAGACUUAAUUCACGUGUCUUUAGUUAUGAAAGUAUAGCUUUAAAUAAUAAAUUACUUGAAACUAAGUAUAUGAGAAAUCCAUUGGUACUUAUCUAUAAAGACGGCUCUCAUAUAGCAUCGACUGCUCUGACGAGUGCUAAAAUAUCUUCAGAUAAUAUACCAAACAAUUAUCUGAUGCUUCAGAACUAUUUAAACGAUCAAUUAGUUAACAAAAGUCCAUUACAUGAAUGGGUUCACAGAACUACCAAUUAUCCGGUUAACAAUCAGGAAGCGAUUCAUCUGUUAAGAAAUUUACAGCCAUUAUUGCAAGAGUCUGUACAACGAAAGAAGACAAAGAUGUGGGAAGUGACUUAUACGGUGUCGGGUCCGCUCACUUGGCGACAGUUUCACAGACUUGCUGGUCGUGGCACUGAAGAUCAAUGUGAACCGCAACCAAUACCAUCACUAUUGGUUGGUUACGACAGGGAUUGUGUUGCUUUAUCACCAUUUGCUUUAAAAUUUUGGGAGAAGUUAUCUCUUGAACCCUACUCUUUGACCAAAGACAUAGCAUAUGUUGUCGUUUCUCCAGAAAACGAUUACAUCUUAUCUCAUGUCAUGACAUUUUUUAAGGAAUUGAGCACUACUUAUGAAAUGUUAAGAUUAGGCAAACAUUGUCCCAUAUCUAAAGUUCUUCGCGAUGGCAUUCUUAGAGUUGGCACACGAACUGCCAGAAUGAUUGGAGAGGAGCCCAUUGAUGAAUGGUUUAAUCAGAUCGGAGAGGGAAAUAUUGCUUCAAAGCUACGAAUGUAUGCCCAGGCCUGUCGAUAUCAUUUAGCCCCCUGGUUAGGCCAACAAACUCUUGACAAAUCAUUGUUUGAGUCCAAUACUACAAAACCAUCAAACGAUAGUACAAACGUAAUCAAUGGAAACCUAAACCCGAGUGUCGGUGGUAUAAACAAUGCUAACAAACCAUCAAAUUCACCGAUGCCUAACAGUGAAAGCAAUAGUGAGAAGAUUAUCGAUGAAAAUCAUAACGACACGAGCAAUCAAUACUCAACACAACCGAAUCAACAGCAAACUGACACCGAAACGGAUGAAGAUCUUCACAAACAACCCGCUAUUGUUGUAUAUAUUAUCGAACCGUUUACUUUUGGAUCAAAUGACAAAGAUUUAUACCGUUUGUCAAGCGUUGGUUUACUACGUUGUUAUACCCAAAUACUUCGACAUAUUCCUGAUUCACUCAAGAGUCACAUUCAUUUACAGUUAAUAUCAUUAGAUUCACUUUUAUCUUACGGAAAAGAUCCGAACGGAGCGUCGCAACAGGAUCAGCUCAAAGAACUAGCAUUUUCAGUAUUCUCACAGUGUCGCCAACAAAUAGUUCAUCAAUCAAAUGUCAAGAGUCUGACCGGUUUCGGACCGGCCGCUAUGUUUGAACUAUUUCUUAAAAGUAAAGACCCGUCAUCUAAUGUGAAUAGAAUAUAUGCGCCGCCAUUUAUAUUGGCGCCGCUUAAAGACAAACAGACUGAGUUGGGAGAGAUGUUUGGCGAUCGACGAGAGAAAUCGCAAAUACUUUAUUGUUGUUAUUGUUUAACUGAAGAUCAAAGAUGGCUAAUUGCUUCGUGUACUAACGAUAAGGGAGAUAUUCUGGAGACCACUUCUAUUUACAUCGGUAUACCAAAUAGAACUCGAAGACGAAAAGCGUCAGUAAGACGCUUCGCAUUGGAUAAGUUAAUGCAAUUCGUGCAGACAGUGUUGUCAGAAUCAGUCACUCCAUGGAGACUUGUCAUCGGACGACUUGGACGUAUUGGACACGGAGAGCUCAAGGAUUGGUCUGUUUUAUUGAGCAAAAAAUCUUUACUUCGAUAUAGUCGACAGUUAAGAGACACAUGCAAUCAAUGUCAAUAUUUGACGCCCUUUGACCAACCGGCCAUUUUCUCUGCAUGUCUUGUUUCGCUCGAAGCAGACACUGCUCUCCGAGUGUUUAACAAUCACUACACACCUGACGAACGAUUUAGUAGUUCCUGUAAUACAUGUUCUCUAAGCACUCCUGAAGAUGCUUCGUGUACACACAUUUUGGUGUUCCCAACAUCUGCCACAACACAGUCAGCUCACGGAAGCUUUUCUAUCGAUCCAUUGGGAUCUUUGGGUGCAAACAUUGGUGAAGACGACUUAUUGCAAGCAUUUAAUGAGGACAUCAACGACGAUGAUAUUAAUGUUAAUGACAUAUUUCAAUGGACAGAAAGCCCACCCGCCAGUCCCAGUAUGGGUCAAGUAGAUGGUCUCUCACAUCCUGAUAGUCCAAGUAAUCGACAAAUGGGUUUGAAUGGUUCAGGAGUUAUGAAAACAUCCAACAAUUUCGGAGUUGAUAUUCAGGAUGAGCCGACACAACUAUUACAACAACCUCUUGCAUUAGCGUUCUACGUGUCGACAGCUAAAACAGGUCCACUUCCCCGUUGGUUCUGGUCUUCCUGUCCUCAUAUGGAGGCUUCGUGUCCGGUGUUUUUAAAGUCGGCUUUACUCAUACACACGCCAUCGGUUCAACAAAAUAGUGACGAUUUAUUGCAUACAAAUGUUCGUAAUUAUCACUCUCUUGAUUCCAAUUUGACAACUGAUGUCUUGAGGUCUGUUCUCGAGGGUUAUAAUGCCUUGUCGUGGUUAUCAGUUGAUCCGUCAACACAUGAUCGUACAUCAUGUUUACCAAUACAUAUACAACUAUUGAUGCAGCUCUACCAUAGUGUCCAGGCAUUGGUUUAAAGCACUUUUAAUAUUUUUAUUAAAAAUAUGGACCAAACGCGCCAUCGAUUUUGACAAUAAUAUAUUUUUAAAACUGGACUCUGAAUUGUUUUACAAGAAAAUAAUAUAAAACUAAAUUUGUUGAGAUUUUUCACUCAUUGAAUAUAUAUUUAUACAAAAAAUUAAUGAUAAGUCAGUUAAGUUGAUGUGAAAUAAUUCCAAACCGACAGUCAUUUCAAAGAGUUUCUUACUUUUAUUGUUCGUUUAAUACAUAUUUUUCGUUUGGUUAUCAAAUUAAGAUAAUUAUUAAUUAAUUAAUUUUAAUUAUAAAGUAAUU